GUAAUCAUCUAUGGAUCUAUGUCUAGAAGCAUUCACGGUCAGUAAUAUUGAAGAUUAUUGCCGAGUCAUAGUCACGAAAGAUAUUCGAGUAAAAUAUACACGGUGAUCGCGCUAGAGCGUUUGAAUAAAAUGUCGGACUACUUCGAAGAAAUGGGCUGGACGCCGUUGGGCGAUGGCGAGGCACCAAAUCAUUUGAUACAUAUGGCGCGGUUGUUGAGAGAUUCAGGUAUGUGGGAAUUGCUCGACCAAGAUACGAAAUUACCGCCACCCGCAUCGAAAGAAGCACUGAAUACUUUAGAAGACAUCCAAAUUUCUUCGAGUGAAUCGAAACAGUGUCCCGUUUGUAUAAAAGAAUUCGAAAUAGGUAAUUUGGUAAAGACUUUACCUUGCCGUCACACUUUCCACAAGGAUUGCAUUAUUCCGUGGUUAGGAAAGACCAACUCGUGUCCGCUCUGUAGAUACGAGUUACCAACCGAUGACGAAGACUACGAAAUGUACAGAAAGGAAAAAAAGAGAUCCGUACAGAGGAAAAAGGAUCUCGAGACUUUACAUGAUUCUAUGUUCAUGUAGCGGAAUGGACAAACAGGGUUACGAUUAACGACAUACGCGUAUGUUGAACAUUUAACGAGCUCGAGUAAAGACGUUUUCCAGUUUCUUACCAUCGUAUAAUAUUCCCGACCGUGACGUUAUCGACGAUCGGUUAAUUUCAUUUCACUUGAGAAAAUACUUUUUUUAUCGUUAUCAGAGUACAAUCAUUGUUUUUACAUCGUCAUAUAUUUAUGUAUUUAUUACAACGAAGGUGAAAUUAAAGCUAAGGAAGGUACUAUUAACUAAAUAUAAUGAUAAUAUUGGGAUCGUGUAAGAAAGUAAUUAAUUGUAACUAAGAUGGCCAAUAAAAAGCCGAUGAUUAUUAAUAGGAAAUAA